AAUUAUUUCAGAAAAUAAAAAGGUCAUUUUUAUUUCUUUUUCUUUUCCUCUUUCUCUAAACCCUAAAUAUAUAUUUUCUUUUUCUCUUCUAUCUUGACAAUUUCCAAUUUACGGUGAAUUUGUGGAAAAAUCGAUGAAAAAUGUCGGUAUCUGAGGCAGGUAGUGGAGUAAUGACCAGUAGAGAUCAUUUCAGUGUUGCCGGAGUUCAAAAUUCUCCGGCGAAUGUUCCGGCGACGACGCCGGUGGUUCAGAAUAUGCAUAUGGGUUACAGAGAUGAAAAUACAGCUGUGUUUGCCCCGCCACCGUACCAGUCGGCUGAAGGUUCUGCCGGAGCUGGGACUGUGAUGUUGCAGAACUUGAACAAUAGUUCGUCGGAGCCGAUGAAACGGAAGAGAGGAAGGCCUAGGAAAUACGGGCCGGAUGGGUCUAUGGCAUUGGGUUUGAAUCCUGCUGGUUCGCCGCCGGUUGCUGGAGGUCCUCUCGGCGGUAGUUUGUCUCCCCGAGAUCCGGGUAAUUCUGCUGGUGCUCAAAUGCUUUCUGGAGGACCAGCUUCGCCAAAUUCUUUGAAGAAAGGUAGAGGGAGACCUCCUGGAUCUGGCAAAAAACAACAAAUGGACAAUCUUGGAUCGACAGGAUUUGGAUUCACACCACAUAUUAUCGCUGUGAAAACAGGAGAGGAUGUGGCAUAUAAAAUAAUGUCGUUUUCUCAGAAUGGUCCAAGGGCUGUGUGCAUAUUAUCUGCCAGUGGUGCAAUAUCAAAUGUGACUCUUAGACAAACUGCCACGUCUGGUGGAACUGCGACCUAUGAGGGACGGUUUGACAUUUUGUCUCUCUCUGGUUCAUUUAUGCUGUCUGACAUUGGUGGUCAACAAAGCAGAACAGGUGGAUUAAGUGUAUCAUUAGCUGGAUCUGAUGGACGGAUUUUAGGCGGUUGUGUGGCGGGUGUUCUAACUGCCGCAUCACCAGUUCAGGUUAUCGUAGGUAGCUUCAUUGCAGAUGGUCGGAAAGAGCCAAAAUCAGCAAACCAUUUUGAGACAUUACCUGCUCCGUUGAAUGCCAAUCUUGGUGUUGGUGGUGGUUUGACAGGGGCCAAUAGCCCACCAUCACGCGGCACUUAUAGUGAAUCAUCUGGUGGGCCAGGCAGUCCCUUAAAUCAGAGCGGUCCAGUAUGCACCAACGACAACCUGCAAGGAAUCUCGAGCAUGCCUUGGAAAUGAGUUAUUAACGCUCUCUUUUCUGACCAAUUGAACUCCUUGUCAUCGACUAAUUCACUGAAGAAGACUCCGAAAGAGGAUUGUUGUAAUUUUAAUCGGUGUAAUCGUAGUUGUGCAGGAAUAAGGACCAAGGCACUUCUUACCUUAAGUUCAAGAACUGGUGAGAAAUGUUGAAUUGCUGAUGCUUAGGUGUUCUGCAUUUUCUGUCUUGUUAAUUUAGCUUUUUGUAUUUUAAUCAUAGGACAUGGUUUGGCUUUCUUGUUCUAUUUAGGGAUCGCUUCCCCAUAUUAGCCAUCUUCAACUUUAGAGUGUAUUUUAUUGCAAUUCUGUGAUCUAGAAUAAUAUCAAUUAUGUCACUUUUUAUGUGGUUAAUUCAUCUUUUGAAAAGGGAAAUGUUUUCCCAUUGUCUUGA